AUGCUUUCCGCUGCGCAGUUACUCGAUGAGUUGAUGGGCCGAGACAGGAAUUUGGCCCCCGACGAGAAGCGAUGUAACGUCAAAUGGGACGACGAGAGCGUUUGUCGUUAUUAUCUGUGCGGCUUUUGUCCAGCAGAACUAUUUACGAACACACGGUCUGAUUUGGGCCCUUGUGAGAAAAUCCAUGAUGAAAAUCUUCGGAAAGUAUAUGAAAAGAGCUCACGUUUCAUGAAGGAGGGAUAUGAGCGGGACUUUCUUCGCUAUCUGCAGUCGCUGCUGGCUGAAGUGGAACGGCGAAUUCGUAGGGGCCACGCUCGCCUCGCUCUUUCCCAAGCUCAGCAGAAUGCAGGGCAAACCCCUGCUCCAGCAGGAAAGAAUGAGGAGAAGGCUCAGGUUCUGACCGAGAAGAUUGAAGAUUUAGUUGUACAGAUUGAGGAACUGGGCUCUGAAGGCCGUGUGGAAGAGGCUCAGGGAAUGAUGAAGCUGGUUGAGCAGCUCAAGGAGGAGAGGGAACUGCUUAGUUCCAACCCUUCGACUAUUGAGAGCUUUGCAGCCCAGGAGAAACAGAUGGAGGUGUGUGAGGUAUGCGGAGCCUUCCUUAUUGUGGGUGAUGCACAGUCUCGAGUGGAUGACCACUUGAUGGGGAAGCAGCAUAUGGGCUAUGCCAAGAUCAAAUCCACUGUAGAGGAGCUAAAGGAGAAACUACGACGCCGCUCAGAGGAUCCUCAAGGGGAAAGCCCAGUUGUUAAGAAAGAUCGAGAAGAGCGUGAGAAGGAAGAGCGAGAGAAGAAGCGUAAAGAGGAGGAGGAAAAGGAGAAGGAGCGAGAGAAAGAAAAGGAGAAAGAGCGGGAACGUGAGAAGGAGCGCACCAGGGAGAGGGAUAGAGACAGGGAUAGGGACAGAGAUCGGGAUCGGGACCGACGUUCACGCCGUAGCCAUUCAAACAGCCGCCACUCUAGCCGAGCAUCAGACAGGAGAAGGAGCCGGUCCCGGGAUCGUCGGAGGUCCAGGAGCAGAGACAAAGACAGGGACCAUGACCGGAGGCGCAGCAGGAGCCGGGAUCGAGAUAGAGAGAGGGAUAGGGACAGGAGACGAAGUCGGGACCGCUCUGACCGGAAGCGACGCUCCCGCAGUCGCGACAGGAGAAGGUCACGAAGCUCGGAGCGUAGAGCUCACCGCCACCGCAGCCGCAGCAGGGACCGAGACAGGGAGAGGGAUAAGGAUAAGGAAAGAGAGAGAGACAGGGAUAGAGACAGAGAGCGCUCAUCCAAAGAGAAAGAACGUAAGUCGUCGGAGGAGAAGAGCAGCAGCUCCAAGAAAGACAAGAACUCUGAAGGUGAUGCAGCUGCCGUCAAGGCUUCAACAGAAGCGGAGCCGAUGGAGACAAAGGCUGCUGCCUCAGCCUCCCCCCCGCUCCUUAAUGGCCAGCAAGAGCUCCUCCUUUCUGAAGGUGACACUCAGUCCAAUUAA